AUGUCGAUGGUGUGUCUUUCUGACUUCGAAGCUUAUGCUAAGAAGUAUUUGCCCAAGAUUGCUUGGGAUUAUUUUGCAGCUGGAGCAGACGACUGUACCACACGAGAUGAAAAUAUCCUGGCAUAUAAAAGAAUUCAUUUCCGGCCACGUAUGCUGCGGGAUGUAUCCGUGAUGGACAUCAGGACUAAAAUCCUGGGUUCUGAAAUCAGCUUUCCUGUAGGAAUUGCCCCUACAGGCUUCCACCAGCUAGCAUGGCCUGAUGGAGAGAAAAGCACAGCCAGAGCGGCCAGAGCAAUGGACACCUGCUACAUCGCCAGCACCUACUCCACCUGCUCGCUGGAGGAGAUCUCCGCGGCUGCGCCCGGCGGCCUCCGCUGGUUCCAGCUCUACAUCCACCGCAACAGGGCAGCUUCCCAGCAGCUGGUCCGGCGGGCAGAGGCCUUGGGCUUCCAGGCCCUCGUCCUCACCGCCGACCUGCCCUACACGGGCAAGAGACGCGACGAUGUCCGCAAUGGCUUCCGCCUUCCUCCCCACAUGAAAGUGAAGAACUUGGAAGGAGCCUUUGAGGUUUGUAAAAUGAGCCCCUUGGAUCCUUCAGUCACCUGGAAUGACAUCUACUGGCUGCGGAGCCUGACACGCCUGCCCAUCAUCAUCAAAGGCAUCUUAACAAGAGAAGAUGCAGAGCUGGCAGUGAAACAUGGAGUUCAGGGAAUUAUUGUGUCCAACCAUGGUGGAAGGCAACUGGAUGAAGGACCUGCCACUAUUGAUGCCCUGGUUGAGGUUGUGGAGGCAGUUCAGGGCAGAGUGGAAGUUUAUGUCGAUGGAGGGAUACGAAAAGGCAGCGACGUGCUAAAAGCUCUGGCACUGGGGGCAAAAUGUGUCUUUAUUGGAAGACCAGCUUUGUGGGGCCUGGCUUACAAGGGUGAAGAAGGGCUUCAGGAUGUCUUGAGAAUCCUUCAGGAUGAGUUUCGCUUGUCUAUGGCCUUAGCUGGCUGUGCCAGCGUCUCAGAGAUUGGCCAGCACCUGGUUCAGUUCUCAAGGCUGUGA